AAUGAUUAAUUUUUGGUUUGAAUCGACAACAAAAUCAAGGUCUUGAUGAGGCUGCUGAAGAGCAAGUAACAGCUGCUUGAUUUGCUCUCUAUCCUGAAGUAGUUUAUGGAGACCGUUGGGCUGCGAGCCGUCUCCAAAGCUGGACAAUCAGAUUUCCCCUCUCUCUCAUCAAUUCUUUCACCAGUUUUAUGAAUGGCCGAGGAGAGCUCGACAGUGGAAGGGUCGCUGUAUGCUGUGCUGAAUGUUCCACAAAAUGCAUCUGAGGAGGAGAUUCGCAGUGCAUAUCGCAGGCUGUCUGUCGUGUUCCAUCCCGACAAGCAUGCAUCGAGCUCGGAGGACGAUCGGCAGACUGCCGACAAUGAGUUCCAGCGCAUCAAGUAUGCCUACGAGGUGCUGAGUGAUCGAUCACGACGAGACAUCUACGAUUUGUAUGGACUGAAGGGAUUGCAGGCGGACUGGGAUGUUGUGCCCCGUGUCGCCACUGGUCUGGAGAUGUUGGAAGUGUACGAUCGCAUCAGACGCUUGCGGCAAGAGGAGUACGUUCAGAAACUGAGCAAGCCGUGCGGCAAGGCUGUUAUCAGAUGCGAUGUGCGUGAGAUUGGAAGGCUGUUCGCGCCUGCCCCGACGGUGCAAGAAUAUCAAGAUGAUGAAUUCGAUGAUGAUGAGGAGUACUUCAUGGAUGAUGAUGACGAUGAAGCUGAUUUUCUGGAUGAAAACAAUGCCGAGCAGAGUGUUGAGUCGGAGCGUAGGUUAGCUGAUGUAGCAUCACGGCCGGCAGUGCGGGUGGAACGUAAGACAUUCUUUGACGGCAACACCGGGCUGCCGUUCCGACUGCAGGGCAUAGCGGUGGAGCAGACACUGGACGUCGCGCUAUCGCCGUACGACAGCAUGUCCUACACGUGCAAUGUUGCUACUACCGGUGAGGAGCGCGGCUGGGGCACGGUGGGUGCCGUCUUCCGGCACACGCUGACGACGACGCCGCUGCACUCCAGCUCGCUGCAUUGCGGCGUUCAAGUCGGUCACGUUCCGCAGCUGUCCGUUGGUGGCCAUCUCUCGCUACCGUCGUCAUGCUUCGUGUAUGCCGAUGCGGCAUGGCGGCCAUGGUCUCAUCAGCCAUUGUGCAUACUACCACGUGUACACGUGGGCCGUCAGUUCACAUCGGACGUGGUGGGCAAGCUUGAGUUCCAGCAGUGCGAGAAAGACAGUCCCAGCGGCGAGCAAAGUCUACGGUUGGUCGUGCAGCGCGACAGCUAUUACGGCAACCUGCGGACUCAUCUAUCCCUCGGUCCAGAGAGGCCGCCGAGCAUUGGCGUGCGCUAUUCACCUAAGCUGCUGUCCUCGCUGGACGGUCUGCUGCAGGUGCAGGCCAACGUCGAAGGGGUGCAUGCUGCUGCCGGACUGGAACAGGCCGUUUCGCCGAUGACCCGGCUCGGUAUGCGCGUGCAGGCCUCGUUCCCUGGUGGAAUUGAGCUGACGUUACGGUGCCGUCGCGGAGAUCAACGUCUCAUUUUCCCCGUCACCGUGUCGGAUGACGUGUCCUUGUCAGCGUUACUCUACAGUACGUUUGUACCGCUCACCGUAUUCUUCCUUCUCCGCGAGUGCGUUAUUCGACCGUACGGUCGUAUGUGUGCCGCCGAGGAAGCUCGCCUUCGCUCGGCCCUGCUGGAGUCGGAGUUGUCAAAGAAGCGCAAGGAGAACGAGGCCUUCGUCCAGCUCAUGACGGAAACCUACCAAAACAGUGUUGCGGCCGAGCAGAAUCGGCGCGGCCUGGUGAUCCGCAACGCCUGGUACGGCCGACUGGUGUCCAGCAGUAACGAUUCUGAGGACAGCUCGCAGACAGAUCAAGACGGAGAGAUUGUCGAUGUUACCGUUGCGCUCCAGUGCCUUGUCAAGGAUUCACGCCUCCUCCUCUACGACACCGACAAAUCGUCGCUGCCCGGGUUCUACGAUCCGGCGCCGCAGCAGCCGAAGAAGCUGCGCGUGCGUUACGAGUUCCGUGGCAAGCUGCACGAGGUCACGGUCGGUGAUUCAGAACCUCUGCAGCUUCCCAAACAAUCUCACACACUCUAGCCCUGGUCAUUUUUAGCUGUUUUUACAUUGUAGUACCAGAAUAUGUCAUGCUUCACGGUACCUUCUGCCCUAACCCAGAUUGUCUUGCCAUGUCUUGCUUGCUUGUAAAAUUAAUAACAAAUUUGUUUGCUGAUUUAUUGCCCCUUUUUUUCUUAAGAAAUGCUUUUUAGACAUGAAACUUGAACAUAUGCUGCUUUUGCUGUGUUCUUCAUUUCCGCUCAUCCCACUUGGCCAUGAGAGAUGCAGCCGAACUAACUCAUAACAGAGAUUCAUGAUAAUUCAGAACUGGCAUGCGCAUCUCCAUAAUUAUUACCCGCACUCAGGUUUAGGCUAUUUUCUUAUAACUCCCGGCGUGUCAGCUUGCUUGCCUGGCGGGUUUCGUUGAUGAGAUUGUCCACACAGUGGCGCUUGUGCAUUCAUUUCAUUGUGUCUAUUGGUUAGUACGGGCCGUGAGUGAUGGGUGAAUGUCAUGCUACUUGUAGAGCUGGUGGAU